UUUUGACCAAAAUAUUCAUCAAUAUUCUUUUAAAAUUCAAGAGUUGUCUCUCCUUUCCCUUUUAAUGUUUGACGAGCAAGUCGAUAUCACAGCUAUAAUCUUACUUGGUCUGCACGUACGCUGACUUCCAACUGGAUUUUUUCUUUGUCCAAUUCAUACUCUCUACAUGUAUAAACUAUAUUUAGCGAGGUGUUAAUAUAUAAAUAAUAAACUAUGCUAAUUUACUGAUUCUUACAUUUACAGCUUUAAAUUAUCACUUAUAUUUUAAAUUAAUUUUAAAAUAUUUUAUAAUUUUGAUUUCUCACCUUCCAUGUUUCCGGCUAGUAACUUCCCAGAUCCGUCCGCCGCCUCCUCUCCUACUAUGAACCAUCCAAAUCCCACGUCAUCAACUAAUUUUCCUUUUACUUUUCCUUUAACAGAAGUACAACACCACUAUAAAUAUGAAUUAUUUCUCUCUGAACAAAAACAAUUUAAGAUUUUCAUAUAAUUUUUCUUCACAACGUUAGUUCUCCUAUCAAUUGGGUAGUGCGAUUAGGGAUUCCUGGAAUAUAAUCAAUAAACGGAGAUGGAUGAUAGCUGCGUGGUUUGUGCUGACAAUUUGGAAUGGGUUGCCUACGGCGCGUGUGGUCACCGAGACGUGUGCUCCACGUGUGUUGCUCGUCUCCGCUUCAUCUGCAACGAUCUUCGUUGCUGCAUCUGCAAGACUGAGUCCAACGUCAUCUUUGUCACUAAGGCUCUAGGGGAUUACACGAGGAUGAUCAAUGAUUUCUCUGUAUUGCCAACUGAAGUAAGGGAAGGCCGGGUGGGUUCAUACUGGUACCAUGAGGAUACACAAGCAUUUUUUGAUGAUGUUGCUCACUACAGGAUGAUCAAGGCAAUGUGUAGGCUUUCUUGCAUUGUAUGUGACAAAAUAGAAGAGCAAUCCAAUGCUGGGAUCAAGCGGAGGGGAAAAUUUAGGAACAUUGAACAGUUAAAAGGCCAUUUGUUUCAUCAGCACAGAUUGGUUAUGUGCAGCCUGUGUUUGGAAGGUCGGAAGGUAUUUAUCUGUGAACAAAAGCUAUAUACUAGGGCACAGUUAAAUCAACAUAUAAACACAGGUGACUCAGAGGUGGAUGGAACUGAGAGUGAGAGAGGUGGCUUCCGGGGGCAUCCCAUGUGUGAAUUCUGCAAGUCUCCAUUUUAUGGUGAUACAGAGUUAUACUCACACAUGUCCACAGAGCACUAUACAUGUCAUAUCUGCCAAAGACAGCAUCCUGGACAAUAUGAAUAUCACAAGAACUAUAACGACCUUGAGAUUCAUUUUCGCCGAGAUCAUUACCUAUGUGAGGAUGAGACAUGCCUUGCCAAAAAAUUUAUUGUCUUUCAGUCUGAAGCUGAACUAAAGAGGCAUAAUACCAUUGAACAUGGAGGUCGCAUGUCUCAUGCACAGCGCAGUGCUGCUUUACAAAUACCAACAAGCUCUCGAUAUCGUCGAAGAAAUGAUGAUACUCGUCGUGGAAGGGAGAGAACAUCUCGGUAUGAGCCAUCUGAUAAUGACCAUCGACUUUCAAUGGCCAUUGAGGCAAGUUUGGAGACGGCCAGUGAUCCACCAGCAUCAUCUUUUACACAGGCGGACUCUGAUUGUGGAGACAUAAAUGAUAUUUAUCCACUUGUCCAGCCUUUUGAAUUGUUAUCUGCUACAGUUUGUGAAUCAUCUUCUGGAUACCUUCAAGCAUUAGGGGGAGGUUCUAGGGGUGCACCUUUGCAAGGAACAUCUUUUCCUCCUCUCUCCACGCCUGCCAGUUCCAGUCAACAAACACCUAAACAUAGCUCAGAUGGCUUGCCUAUUAACACUAUGGCAGCGCAUCUAAGGCGCCAGAAGAAUGCGAGUACAAAUGUUUUGAGUUCAGCCCAAGAAUGGCCAAAAACAAGACACAGGCUUCUACAAGCAGCAAGCAGAUCAAGUCAGGUUGCACCAACAACAAAUGUUGCAGCUGCAACGGCACUUGGAAAUAAUAAUGGGUUUCCGCAGUUAAGCUCUGCAAGUUCAACUCAUGCACAUAUUCAGGUUCAGUUUCAGCCCACUACAGCAGAUAUAUUAAAAGCAUCUGGUUCUCCAAUGAGUGGAGGCAGCACAAGUAGGAUUAACCACUCUUCAUCAGCUCGAAAUCUUGCUGAUGGCGGAUUUUCUGGACCUUCCCUUUUUGAUUUUCUUCCAGUUUCUGCAGCACAAAGGCAUAAGGUGUAAUACCCCUAACCUGUAUCUGUUUCCUGUAUCUGUUGUCAGAACAGGGUUACGGAGUAUUAUUGGAGUUUACAGAAUAAUUACACAUAAUUCUUGUCAUUUCUUAUUUAUUAUCGAGACUAUUCAUGUUAUCCCUUAAAUGGAUCCUUGAGGCCCAAUUUAAGUAUUAUAAACAAGUCGGGACUAAAUCGAAAA